UUGCAGGGCAGUUCUGUAAUUGACUGCUGUUAAACAAUGGGCUCUGUAACUCUUCAUUUCAGGGCUGAAGGCCUGCAAGUGCAGCCAACAUUUAAUAGGGCACAAAGGGAAACUGGGUUUUUAAAUUGGGCUUUUCAUAUCUUCACGCCCCAUCCUAACACAUUCAGAGCCAAAGGCGAGGUGUGUGAUCUGGAGUGACCUCAGAGAUGGUGCUUUUAUUUGCCCUGUGCUAAGAAAGAAGUAGGAAAUGGGAUAUAAAUCUGAUAUAGGUAUGAUGAGAUUGUGACGAUAAUUGGACGUAGCAAAACUGCUUUCAUCAGGCCUGCAGGGCUUCCAGCAGUUUGUAAUUAUCAAAUGCAGCCACCACAGCAGAUGGGCUGCCUGCACCAGGAGGGUGGCCAUGGGUGCUCAGUGGCUGCAUGGCACAUGAAGUCUGCUGGCUUUGCUAUUGGUGACACAUGAUUUUCUGAUCAAAGACCCUGCAGUGUCUCUGCUGAGAUAAGCAUUGCUAGGAGCUGGAUUCGACGAUCCUUAAGGGUGCCUAUGAUUGUAAUGCAGUUGGCAGCAAUUGGGGAUUGGACUCAAUUAUCUCUUGAGGUCCCUUCCAUCCCCUUUGGUUGUGUGAUUCUGCAAUUAGGUCGUCUUGCAAUUGCAAGGCUACAGAGAGCAGGAGGGCUAGACACAGCCGUGCCAAGUAUUCCUGCCCACUGGGUUGCCUUCAUUCUGUUGGCUGCAGUUCUUCACCUAUUCCUUCCAUAUUUGUUAAGGCAAAGAUAUCUGAAGAAGUGCAGCUUGAAUAAGCCUCCUGUGCUAUGUACACACCAACUGUGUUUUGGUUCCAGGCUGUCAGUUCUGAGCUGCUUUCUGAUUGGCCUGAUCCUUCCUCUGCGUGGCCUUUGGGAUGGAUAAAAUCAGCAGCUAGUCUGUUGGAAAAAAAAAAAGGUUUUAACUGCAAAUACCCAUACAAAGGAAAGCUGUGAUUCAUGGUGAUAAAGGGCUAGCUGUAACAGUUGGUCCCAGUGUGCUGAUAGACACCAGUAUGGCAUUGUUGGCACAUUGGGUGUCUGCGGGGUGAUGAGCAAGUUCCUUGGCUGGGGCUGUUAAAUCUUAUUUUAACCACCUCAAGCAGCUGAGCCUUUUGCCUUGUAAAUAAAGUAGUGUCUCACAGACUCCGGAUACAUGUAAUCAAUAUGUAUUGCUCUAUGUGUAUACCUUAUUUCUUGAUACAUAAUUGGAACAGUAUAAGCAAGAAAGCUACUUAAUGUUUCUGUAAUGCUAAUUGUCAAACUCUUCUUCUCCUUUGAAGUCCCACCCAAUCUGACUGUUCCUCAAGAAAAGUCCCCUCUGGUCACACGGGAAGGAGACACGAUCGAGCUGCAGUGCCAGGUGACAGGGAAGCCCAAGCCCAUCAUCCUGUGGUCCCGUGCCGACAAGGAGGUGGCGAUGCCAGAUGGCACGAUGCAGAUGGAGAGCUACGAUGGCAUCCUGAGGAUAGUGAACGUGUCCCGGGAGAUGACAGGCACCUACAGGUGUCAGACCAGCCAGUACAACGGGUUCAAUGUGAAGCCCAGAGAAGCUUUGGUGCAGCUCAUCGUACAGUACCCCCCUGCUGUGGAGCCAACCUUCCUGGAGAUCCGGCAGGGCCAAGGCCGGAGCAUCACCAUGAGCUGCCGGGUGCUGCGGGCCUACCCGACGCGGGUGCUGACCUACGAGUGGCGGCUGGGCAGCAAGCUGCUGCGCACAGGCCAGUUCGACCUGCAGGACUCCACCGAGUACACCGUCAGCAGCCUCUCCCGUGACAGCUAUGGUGUCUACAACUGCAACAUCAUCAAUGAAGCAGGAGCCGGCCGCUGCAGCUUCCUCGUCACAGGUAGGCCUGGAGGCAUCUCAGUGCGCAGGGACGCGAUGGAUGCUGCAGCUUUGGGUGUCGUUGGGUGAUGCUACUGCUGCCAAGUGUUGGCCAAGAUUUGUCUUUCAAAGCAGGCUUAUGGCUUAAAGCAUAAAGGUUUGGGCUGUGGGGAGGCUGGUGACAAAACAGGAGAUUCAGCUUCUUUCAGUGGCUUAAGGAUAAAGUUUUUUACAUGCAAAAUUCAAAUGUCCGUCCUCCACAGACAGCUGUCCAUAUGCUUUUGAAAGAGUCAUUGAGAAAGCCAUCAGGUAGCAAAUUUCUUCCUUUUGAAGUUUGCGAUAAGGCUUGUAUUUCCUUUUCUAUAUUGGUACACUCAGCAAGCUCGGAAACCAGGACAGGGAGACUGCUGUCUCAAGCAACUCCCAGCAGCCUACAUACAGAGUGGAAAUGUGUUCCUUUUCUCCAGAGGCAAAAGGUAUUAAGGUCACCUAAUACACAAGAUCACAGACUCAGGGCAGAUGUGCAACCCCUGCCAUGAUUUUACUAUGCCCUGGAUUUAGACAUAUUUUAUAUGUCAUUUAUCUUCAGCAUCCCCUAUUGGAUCUAAAUAGGGAUUUUAAAGACACAAGUCUUGGUUCUUCUUCUGUAGGAUGUUAGCUGCUAUGAGUUGCCGAUUCAGCUGCCUGAUCCUGCAAGCUCCCCUGCAUGCUGCAGACACUGUGCCCAGGCUGAGGGGCAGACUGUCACGUCAGUUUUAGGUUCCCCGUCCCUCUGUGCUUGCUCAGACUUUGUCUAGCAUCUCAGGAGGAAAUGAAGCAUCUCUGUGAAGUGACCCAACUCUUCCCAAGGUCUGAGGUGGACCAGAGACUCCUUGUUCAUUGCCAGGCAGUGCUCUGUGUGGGCCCUCUCUGGUGGUCAGAAUGGACAGCCCUGGACUCAGUAGGGGUGCCAGAGCACUGGUCUUAUUGCAGCUUAAAAUCCUCCCUGUUAGCUUCUUGGAAGGAGCAGUGGGAAAAGAAACCGGUAAAGAAUGACUUCAGAACAUGCGACAUAGAGCUCUCCUAGAAGAACUGAUAUCCAUCUCAGUUAGGAUUUUAUUCAUGUUUACUGACCUUGUUCCAGCUACAACCAGAUCAAAGCACAGCUCCAAGCCUUGGAGCUGGAGCUCCAAGGGGUUGUUAUUAUCAGUUUCGCUGCUAGCAGCAGAGAGAGCGUGAGUUUAACCAAUGUCCCACAGAGCUGUUCAGCUC